AUGACUCAUAUACUUUGGCUGUAUUGUUUGGUGUUUCUUUUGCCCACAGAGUCCUGCAGAACAUUAUGCCAGGCUGCCAGAGAAAGCAAGAUGAAUGUGUCUGCCAGGCCCCAAGGCAGAUGUGAUGGUGUCUGCAAUAAGCACAAUUCCCAGUGCAGCCAACCCUGCCCUCCAGACACUGAGGGAAAUAUGGGGUUUUUAUGCAGGAAAAAUAAAUGGCACAAGGUUACUGAUACCUGCCGAACCCUUAAUGUCUUCAACAUCUUUGAGGAGGAUUUAAAUUCAAUCCAAUCACUUGGAGAAAACAUAAAGAUAAACCACUAUGCUGGAAAAUCUGAGACCAUUACAGAGAGAUUAAUGCAAACAUGUCCAAAGGAUUUGUCUUGUGUAGUUAAAGGCAUUCGGCAGUCUCCCCGGAUACCAGGAAAUAUUGCUAUGAUUGUGCAGCUCUUACAUAACAUAUCAACAGAGCUAAAGGCAGAUGUUGAUGAGACAAAGAUGCAGAGUUACAGCAUCAUUGCCAACCACAUUCUUAACAGCAAUAGCAUCUCAAACUGGACUUUCAUCCCUGAGAAAAAUAGCAGCUGUGUCCUGCUACACUCAGUCAAUUCCGUUGCAAGAAAGCUAUCUAUAAAUAAGCAUCCUAUUGACAUACCAGAUGCCUUUAUUCAUAUAAAGGCCACCACCAUAUCCAGAGAUAACAAUGAAAAUAAUUUCACUUUUUCAAUGAGAGUUAAUGACACUGGCCAUAAAGUCACUGGAAAGGUAUUCUUCACUAGAGAUGAACUUCUGAAUGUGCCUUCUUCUUCUCCGGUUGUCAGCAUUGCAUUUCCUACCCUUGGGGCCAUCUUGGAAGCCAGCCUUUUUGAAAACAUCACUGUGAAUGGGCUUAUCUUGUCUGUCAUUCUGCCCAAGGAACUUAAAAACAUCUCACUGACUUUUGAAAAGAUCAGCAAGUCAGAGGAGAAGAGGACACAUUGUGUUGGCUGGCACUCCUUGGAGAGCAGAUGGGACCAGAAGGCCUGUCAAAUGAUUCAAGAAAACUCCAAGCAAGCUGUUUGCAAAUGUGAGCCAAACAGGUUCUUUACCUCUUUCUCAAUUCUUAUGUCACCCCACCUGAUGGAGAGCCCCAUCCUGACUUAUAUCACAUACAUAGGUUUGGGCCUUUCAAUUUGCAGCUUGAUCCUUUGCUUGUCUAUCGAGGCCUUCGUCUGGAGACAAGUGACGAAGACAGAGAUCUCAUAUUUGCGCCACCUGUGCAUUGUAAAUGUUGCAGCCACCCUGUUGAUGGCUAAUGUGUGGUUCAUUGUGGGUUCCUUUCUUGGUGGUCCAAUGACACGCCAUAAUGGAUGUGUGGUGGCAACAUUUUUUGUUCAUUUCUUUUACCUUUCUGUGUUUUUCUGGAUGCUUGCCAAGGCACUCCUUAUCCUCUAUGGAAUCCUGAUUGUUUUCCAUACACUGUCCAAGUCCGUCCUGGUGGCAUCUCUCUUUUUAGUGGGCUAUGGGAGCCCAUUGGUCAUUGCUGUUAUCACAGUUGCUGUCACUGAGCCUAGCCAAGGCUACUUGCAUCCAGAGGUGUGUUGGCUCAAUUGGGACAAGACCAAGGCCCUUCUGGCCUUUGUGGUACCAGCUCUAACCAUCAUGGUAGUAAACCUAAUCACCGUCGCAGUUGUGAUUGUAAAGACCCGGCAAGUGGCCACUGGCAGUUCCAUGUUCCAGGAAGUGAGAGCCAUAGUGAGAAUCAGUAAGAAUAUCGCCAUCCUCACACCACUGCUGGGCCUGACCUGGGGAUUUGGAAUAGCUGUAGUCAUCAAUGAUAGCUCUCUGGUCUUACACAUUAUCUUCUCCUUGCUCAAUGCUUUCCAGGGCUUCUUCAUCUUGGUGUUUGGAACAAUCCUGGACCCGAAGAUAAGAGAAGCCUUAAAGUGUCAAGUAACCUCUGCAAAAUGGAUCUCCAGAUUAUCAGAGUCCUUGAGUCUCUAUGUAUGGGAAGUGACUGACCUCUCUACAUCCCUUCUAGCUGAAAAAGGCCAAGUUUCACUGAAAAUAAACAAUAAUUACAUUCUCAACCAAGGCUGA